CCGUUACCAUGGGACACGAGUGGUAAAUAUCGUUCGACAUUAAUAGGUCAAGCCAUGUGACAAAAUCAAUUCAAGUGAUAUUUUAUUUUAUGUUUUUUUUUUGUAUGUUUUAGUCUUUAUAUAUAUAUAUUUUUUUUUAUCGACGGUCUCGGCACGAUUUCAAAAUUCCUCUCGAGUUACGUAUAUCCGCUACGUCGGUCUGCGGGGAGGAGCGUGUGUAGUUCGCAUCAUCGCUUCUGCAUCGAAAAGCGGAGAAGGCUGUUGGUUGUUCGUGACAAGUGCCCGAUCCCGAUCGUGACCGUUCGUUUGAUCGUUUGUGUUAUCAUCCACGUCUAAUCGCCUUAUCGUCCUUCAGUCAAAGUGAGAGUGCGCGAGUAUCGAAUUUGUGAUUCUUCUCAUCGCGAUUUCUUCGUUCGCGUUCGGAUUCGGGUUCGCGAUCGCGUGUGUAGUGGCAUCCAAUGCGGCCGGACUGAGCAGCGAGGCGCGUAACUACUGGAGAUUCGGACCGAGGCUUUCUUCACUCCCUUCGUCGUCCCGCACAGUUCCGCAUUGCCAGAUGACGAUCGACAUGGCGACGUCGUAAAAUCGACGCGGCUCCACAUUCUUCAUGGAUCAUAAGUGCGGGAGAGAAAUGAUCAUUGUGGGACUCCGUGAGAAACGUGCUCCUUAACGCGAUUCGCCUAUUCAAAACGUCGCCCGAGCGUCGUCAUGACGCGUCUGGAUCGCGCAUGAACGAUUGCAUGCUACUCCAAAGACCCGUCUCGUCGACGAUCCGGGAUAAGCUGGUGACUCGAGCGACGUGUAAUAGUAGUCUGACGAUAAACGAGACCGAGCGAAGGAGGCACCGAGAGCCGGUUGCCAAACGGACUCCCAUGAAAAUGCUACAGUCGCUGACCGCUCUGGCGGGUAAAAUCUCGCCGGGCUCACCCACCGACAGCAACGCCAACAAGGUGCACAUGCAUAAUAACAACAAUAACAACAACGUGGUGCACCACCAUCCCUACUCCAAACAGCAGACCCAGCCGUCCCCAUCGCAUUCGGCCAACGGCGACCAAAAGGAAAAUACCAUAAUGAACAACAACAGUGUGGAGCAGCCGGAUCCGGACAACAUAAAGAUGUUCGUGGGGCAGGUACCUCACGAUAUGGAUGAGAAUGACCUGAGGACGAUGUUUGAGGAGUACGGUCGAGUGCAUCAAAUAAAUAUCCUGCGGGACAAGAUCACCGGCAGUCAUAGGGGAUGUUGCUUCGUAACCUUUUACACCAGAAAAGCGGCUUUGGCAGCGCAGAACGCUCUUCAUAAUGUCAAAACCUUCAACGGGAUGCGCCAUCCGAUCCAAAUGAAGCCGGCCGACAGCGAAAAUCGGAAUGAGCGUAAGCUGUUCGUUGGCAUGCUAUCGAAAAAAUUCACGGAAAACGACGUUAGGAACAUGUUUAGCAAUUACGGAAUGAUCGAGGAAUGCUCGGUACUGAGGGACAGUACUGGGAAAAGUAAAGCCUGUGCCUUCGUUACCUUCGCUAGUAAGCAGUACGCGAUCAAUGCCAUCAAAGCUCUGCAUCAUUCCCAGACAAUGGAGGGCUGUUCGUCGCCAUUAGUCGUAAAAUUCGCCGACACGCAAAAGGAAAAGGACCAGAAGAGGAUGCAGCAACUCCAGUCGAAUCUCUGGAAUAUCGCGGGAGUCAACAUCACACCGCAUUACCUAGCCAACGAUGCGCAUACCUUGGCGCCCGCUUCGUUGCAGCUUCUGCAACAGUUGCAGGCGACGACGAGCGCCGCGACGCCGGUCGCCGCGAAUGCGGGAGCGGCGAAUGCGCUGUCGAAUGUACAACAUCAGUUACUGUUGCAACAACACCUCGGCCUUGGUGCGGCAACACCUGCGCACGCAGCACCCCCCGCUGUGCCUACUCCUACAGCAGAAAUCAACCCCGCGAAUCUGCAAAGUUUAGCCACCCUCGCGUCCCUGAGUAACACCGCUGGUGAGUAUGCAAAUGCGGGUGUGUCGCCAAUGAGUAUGCAGAACCUCGUCACUCUGGCAGCUAUGACCGGCGGAAACGGCAAUCUCCAGGUGUCGCCAAACACAUUAAGCGGCCUGGCGAAUUCGACAGCAGGUAUGUCGCUAUCUGCUCUUCUGGGAAAAACAGGAAAUACAGGGUCUACCGGGGGCAGUCUUAGUCCUGUAACAUCUCUCACGCUCAAUUCCUUGACGGGGACGCCGUUAAACGGACUUCAGGACUCGCUGAGCAACGCCUAUUCCAGCUUACAGCAGUAUGCAGCUCUCAUUGGAAAGACGACGGUGACCGUGGAAAAGAAAGAAUUGCAUAGGUUCCCCGCGUUCACGGCGGCUGCGGCCGCUGCGGCGGCGGCAGCGCAGAAGACGAAGUUCACCAGCACGGACAAGCAGAUCGAGGGUCCCGAAGGUUGCAACCUUUUUAUCUAUCAUCUGCCGCAGGAGUUCAGCGACACAGACCUCAUCUCUACCUUUUUGCCCUUCGGCAACGUCAUAUCCGCCAAAGUUUUCAUAGAUAAGCACACGCACAUGAGUAAAUGCUUCGGUUUCGUAUCGUAUGACAAUGCGUCGAGUGCGCAAGCGGCGAUCCAAACGAUGCACGGUUUCCAGAUCGGCAUGAAGCGACUGAAGGUCCAGCUGAAACGGUCCAAGGACGCCUCCAAGCCGUACUAGCUGACGUCACAGAACGUUCGUAGCAGGUGGCCUGUGACGUUGUGACCGUGUACUCUCGAUCGGAGUCGCCGUGCCAUGUCAGUCUCAGUCAGUCAAAUCGGUAUCGGUCGCUUGCUCGACCGGUCGAUCGAUCAGUCACGAUUCCCCGGUCAGUCUCUCGAUCAGUCUAUCUGUGUCUGUCGGUGCCUGUACAAAGAACAACACCCGCCCACGCGCUCUCACUUCCGCCGUAAGAUCCUUCGCCUUAUCGAGACCUUCUUCUCUAUCUCUUCAUCUCAUCCCCUUGACCUCUCGCGCGACCCGUACCGCCUCUAUCCACGAAGUCGCGACAUCGUUUACACCUCGCGCCCGGGGGGAGAAUUGCCUCGCCGAUCCUCGGAACGAUUUCGCUCGUCCUCCCGAUCGCAGCUGCGCAAUGUAAAACACACCAGACGAAUCCUCGGAUCCAUGCAGGAGAAUUGCACGAUGCUGGGGCGAAUGAAAAGUCGAGGCCCGAGAAAGUUGCGCACGAAAUGCACAGAGGAGCACGAUGAAGAAGGCCGAGAAAGUGGGACGGAAAGGAGGACGAUGCACCGACGACCGACCUGGGUUCCUCGAACGAAGCUAACGCGCUAUGUUAACUGUCUGUCCAAUCUCUCCCCUCCCUCCCUCCCCCUCCUGUGUAUAUACAGAUAUAUAUAAAUAUAUAUUAUGCAUAUAUGUACAUACCAUAUAUGGUACGUGUGUAUGGUAUGUGCGUGUGUUUGAGAGCGCGAAGAAGAUUCUUGUGGUUGACUAACGGUAGGCGACGCUCUACGUUUCACGGCGAAAGAGGGACAAAAGAGGACAAGCGAGGAACGUGCGGCGAACGGAGCUGUGCGAGAAAUUUUUCUUAUACAUAAAACUACACAUAUACAUAGCUAUACAUACAUGUUCAUAAAAAUCGAAUUAACGACUGAGAACUAUUUUUAUCGACUCUACUAUCGGGAUCGCUGUCAACGCCUCGCAGCGCCUGUUUAUACAUAAAUAUGCAUACGCAUACGUUGCGUAUGUAUCGCGGCAAAUUGGGCGUGUAGACGAGAUAAAUGUAUGUGUAUGAAGAAGCACGAGAGACGGAGGCUGGUAAGGGAAACGCGUAAGGACGAACAAUGAUCAUGCCGGGACCGACGCGCGUGCGAUUUCUUAGGCUUAAAUCGUGCAAAUAUACCAAAAACGAAACGGAUACAAAGAAUUAAACAAAAAAAAAAAAAAGAAAACCGAUAGAUAGCGAAGAAACAAAUAUAAGAGACAUUUUGUAGUAAUGACUUUUGUGAUAAGAUUGUAUCGUACAGGGGACCGUGGUCUCGAGCUAAAACUGGGCCGGAUCGCUCAGGAAUAAACACAUCAGGCGUCACACAUUCGUGCAUCCAAUUCUAUAUCGCCAUCAGUGACACUAUGCGAAUAUAGACAAGUACAUGAGAUGCGACAAAUUUUUAAUGAAUUUUAAUAUCGAACGAGUUUCCCGACUGCGCACUUGCAUUGUCUUCUUCGUCGAAAUCAUGAAUUUACACUUUAUGCGAUUAAUCUUCACGAAAAUUUAAGAAUCGAUCGGACGGGUUGUCUAAAUCGAUUCAACGAACUAAAAUUUUCUCAUCAAAGCGGUACACAGAAUAUGAAUGGAAAAAUGAAUUAUUUAUAAUAAUUACAAAACAAUCGUAGAAGAAAAAGAUUCACUCGAAUAGGUAUGCAUCAUUAUGCAAAAUAUUUUAAGAUAAUUCAUUCUUGACAUUGAUUAUGAAUUUGCUUCUUAAAAAUACACGGGAAAACAAUUCGAUUUUUUAAAGGUUCUGUUGAUCAUGAACAAAUAUUCUACGUAAGAUUUAUCUUUGUAUCUUUCUAAAAUGAUCCAAAUUUUUGUUAUAACUUACCGAAAAAA